AUGGCGGGAACAGUGAAAUACAUAACUACAAACAAAAACUAUGAAGUUCCAGAAGGAGUUGGUGCAAUCGAACUCGUUUCAGGGAAAUCAAGUGGGGUAGAAACAACAGUUGCACUAAACAAAGGUUCCGAAUACAACAUGCAAGUUUCCAUUUCUGAAAAUAAUGAUGCAUGUGUAGGUAAAUUCGAAGUGGGUGUGCAAGCAGGAUCCACAGUUCAGAAUUUCACAAUAGAAAGAAAUGGAAGGGGAACGGGGAUCGGUUUUACAUGGAUGAUCAAAGCAGAUUCGAGUGUCACUCCUAUUAGUAUUCGAAGUUUUGCAACAACCAAAACUAAGGAUCAGGUUUUCUGUGGUCCUGUUAUUGAUAAAGUUACUCUAGAUCUUGUUAUUUCAUAUGGCUUGAAAUUGCAACUAAGCGUUCUGCUUGGUAUUGGGUUUCUUGUAACUCUUGCGUAG